UCCGCUGCAACUAAGUUAUAAUGCUCGCCAAAUUUAUAUUAUAUUUGUAUAACGGGCGAGAAGAGUAUAGUAAUGCCAGCUAAUCGCGGAGGAAAAUUAUGAAAUACACGACACACACGCAGCGUUCGGCUUCCUAGAGCCACAGAGAUUCCGCGGCAGGCGGCACAACAGUUUCUAGUCAACCACUAUCCUCAGCAGAACUCGUGAUUACAUGGCUACAUCGGAUUUUGUUCUGGGCGGCCUGGCCUCCGUGGGGGCCACCUUCUUCACCAAUCCCAUCGAGGUGAUCAAGACUCGGAUCCAGCUGCAGGGCGAGCUGGCGGCGAGGGGUACCUAUGUGGAGCCCUACAAAGGGAUUGUCAAUGCCUUCAUCACGGUGGCCAAAAACGAUGGCAUUAUGGGCCUCCAAAAGGGCCUCGCACCGGCCUUGUACUUCCAGUUCAUCAUCAAUUCCUUCCGGCUUAGCAUUUAUUCGGAAGCAAUGGAGAGGCGGUGGAUGCACAACAGGAGGGGCGAGGUGUCCUUCGGAAUGGGACUAUUGUGGGGCGCCAUCGGCGGCGUCGUGGGCUCCUACUGCUCCAGUCCAUUUUUCCUGAUCAAAACACAGCUGCAGUCACAAGCCGCCAAGCAAAUCGCCGUGGGCUACCAGCAUGCACACACUUCCAUGACCGAUGCCCUGCGUCAGAUCUACUCCAGGAAUGGAAUACGAGGACUGUGGAGAGGAUCUGUGGCCGCAUUACCCAGGGCGGCUUUGGGAUCAGGUGCCCAGAUAGCCACCUUUGGCAAGACCAAAGCCCUGCUGGUGCAGUACGAUCUGGUGACGCAGCCCACGUUGAACUCCUUCUCGGCUGGCUUGAUAGCCGGAUCCAUUAUGUCGGUGGCCAUAACGCCGCCGGAUGUAAUCACCACGCGUCUGUACAACCAGGGCGUGGACGCCGAAGGACGAGGUCUUCUUUAUCGCGGUUGGGUUGACUGCUUUGUGAAAAUCUUACGAUCAGAGGGCGUUUAUGGUAUGUACAAGGGCUUCUGGGCCAACUACCUGCGCAUUGCCCCCCACUCAACCCUUGUGCUGCUAUUCUUUGACGAGCUGGUCGCCGUACGCACAAAGUAUAGUAAUCAAUGACCCCAAAGAUCACUGGCUAGGUAGCAUUAAUUUAAGUACUAAAUUGUUUAAAUCGUUUAUACUACCCACAAAUAUACACUUUGUUUUUUAUUAUUAAGCCAAGCUUAGAUAAACAAAAUUGAUGUGCAACAGAAUGUAAAGUGCCGCAUACAAUUUGUUUAUCCAAAUCUGGCUUUAGUCUUUAGUGAGUAGCUUAAUGUCCUAGUUCCAAUCUCUUAGAUUAGCAAAGCCUCAGAACCAACUUUUGCCUUCAUUAAGCUAAUUUAAGAGCUCUUCCUGUAGCCAUUAACCGUGCAAUAUUUUGGUAAAAUAAACCAGUUAGUAUGUUA